UAACUUCCCGUAUCAAAGAAAUAAAUACCAGAAACCCAGCCCGAUUCUCGGCCCGACCACUUUUACCCUGUUUCCGUCAAUCGGAAAUUGGACACCGUCUGAAAUCGGAGAGCUACUUACCCAUUAGCCACUAAGUCAUUCGUAGAUCUAUUUGAAUUUAGACACUUUUGGAGAUUUGAUUCUUAUGAUUUUGCUUAUGUUUUAGGGAAUUUGGUGAAAUUUAGUGUUAACUUUUUUGAUUAAUGGCGACGAGGAAUAGGACUAUUUUGUACAGAAAGUAUAGGGAUGCAUUGAAAAGCGUCAGGGUCCCGGCGGGCUCGUCGCCGUCGAUCUCUGGGAGCGGAGGUGCGGUGAUCGAGAUGUCAACCACUUCUUUGCUUAACCCUAAACGAUCUUAUACUCCUUUGAGCACUGAAGAUCCGGGAUCCUCCAGGAGUACAGUUGCAGUAGGUUUACCACCAGCUUGGGUGGAUGUAUCUGAAGAAAUAGCAGCUAAUGUACAACGCUUGAGGGAAAAAAUGGCUGAGUUGGCAAAGGCUCAUGCCAAGGCUUUAAUGCCUUCAUUCGGAGAUGGCAAAGAAGAUCAACGCCGGAUUGAGGCACUUACACAAGAGAUAACUGAUCUUUUAAAACGAUCGGAGAAAAGAUUGCAAAGACUCUCUGCUUCUGGGCCUUCAGAGGAUUCAAAUAUCAGGAAAAAUGUCCAGAGGUCUUUAGCUACUGAUCUUCAAAGCCUCUCAAUGGAGCUACGUAGAAAACAGUCCACAUAUUUGAAACGACUUCAGCAGCAGAAAGAGGGUCCUGAUGGGGUUGACUUGGAAAUGAACUUAAAUGGGAGCAAUCCUAAGGGGGAGGAUGAUGAUUUCGAUGAUAUUGGAUUCAGUGAACAUCAAAUGGCCAAAUUAAAGAAAAGUGAGGCAUUCACCGUAGAGAGGGAGAGAGAAAUUCAACAGGUGGUGGAAUCAGUGAAUGAGCUGGCCCAAAUUAUGAAAGAUUUAUCAGUGUUGGUGAUCGAUCAGGGGACCAUUGUUGACAGGAUUGAUUAUAACAUAACAAAUGUCGCUGUGUCGGUUGAAGAGGGCUUGAAACAGCUUGAGAAGGCUGAGAGAAGCCAAAAACAAGGUGGCAUGGUUAUGUGUGCCACUAUUCUUGUUAUUAUGUGCUUUGUUAUGUUAAUUCUCUUAAUUUUGAAGGUGAUAAUCUUCUAAUCUUUGAACGAAGCAUCUUCUUGAAUUCUCCUAUGGUUCUGGACCUCCAUGGCAACCUUUACAAAGUCAGCUAUCAAAAAGUCGAAUGCUGGGAUUUCCAAGUCCCAAAUAGACUCAUCUUACUAAAUGUUGAAGACAACAAUUAAUUAUUUCUCACUGUUCAUUUUUUGCUUUUACCACUUUCUAUGUGGGAGGAGUAUAUAUAUGUCUGGAUAGAAUGUUUGACUGCUCCUGGGACUUUGUACAGUCUGGAGGAGGGAUGUGACAUUGAUUCUUUCAUCCCAGGAAGAUUUUGUAGCUUUGUUACAAAUGCUCUCUUCUCUUGAGUUGAGGUGAAAUAUGUUUUCUUUGUAAGAUUCUUUCUUGAAGUGGGAAAACAAAACACAGAAUGACCAUUGUAGAAGCUCUGACUCACCUGAAUAAUGAUUGGCAUUUAUUGUGUUUGGUAGGGGACUCAAAACCUAAUUGUGGCA